UCUCUGGGUCUCUCUUUCAGUCAGUGUUCACAUGCGUCUCCUCAAGUGAGCUAAGCUUAAAACCCAACUCCAGAACAGCGCAAUUGCAUUUCCGAAGAAAGUGCGUGAUACGCCACACAGUGGGACUGAGUGCGAGAAAAACUGUGCCACACCACAUCGAACAAUAAUAAUAAAAAAGUGCUUCCUAGGCAGUUUCGUUCAAUAAUAGGCUGAGGCAGUCAGCGCAGCUCAGCCAGCGCGUGUAUUGUCGUCGUUUUGGGUCAGUAGGAAAGGCGACGUGUUGUCGUCGUCGUCAGUCAGUCAGUGUUUUUCGUCGUCAUCAUAUGAUAGUUGCUGGAAUUUUUUAAAGCGCAUCGCAUCAGAUUAGAGCGGGGCGUGUGCCUCAGCAGUAGUGGAACACUUUCAGAAAAAUGGCUUUCUUCUUCAAUUUCGUGGCCAUCUGUACGAUUCUCUACUUUCUGGUGCGGCUCGUUCUGUGGUUGGUACUCGAUGCGGACAUUGAACUCUUCGUGCUGUCCAAAUUGGGCAAACCCAUAUCCUCGCUGAAGGGAAAAGUCGUAUGGAUCACCGGAGCGUCGAGUGGCAUUGGACGGGAUUUGGCCAUAGCGCUUGCGAAAAACGGCGUCCGAUUGUGUUUAUCAGCUCGAAACAUUUCCGAACUGCUUAAGGUGAAGCAAGACUGCAUAGCGCAAUCCAAUGGCACUCUCGGCCCGAACGAUGUAUACGUUCUUCAAAUGGACAUGCUGGACGUGAACCAUCACAAUGACUACUUCAACAUGGUGAUAGACCACUUCAAGACCCUGGACAUCCUGGUGAACAACGCAGGGCGUUCGCAACGCGCAGAAUGGAACAACAUCAACGUGAAAGUCGAUCGCGAACUGUUUGAGCUGGAUGUAUUCGCCGUGGUGCAUCUGUCGCGAAUUGCUCUGAACUUUUUCAUACGCAACUCGAUUAAGGGUCACCUGGCUGUUACGAGCAGCACGGCCGGUUUAAUAGGGGCGCCCAACUCGGCGAGUUACACCGGCGCAAAACAUGCACUACAUGGUUACUUCGAGACGCUAAGAAACGAACCGUUUGAAGUGAACAUAACGAUAUUUUGUCCAGGGCCAACGGCUACUAAUUUUCUACAAGAAGCCUUCACCGAUACACCUGGUGCGAAAUACAACCAAUCCGUCCGGCCAGAAGACAAACGCAUGACUAGCGAAAGGUGCGGUUAUCUGUACGCUGUCGCCUUGGCAAACAAAACACAUCUCAGUUGGGUAGGGACUUUCCCCAUAAAUUUGAUAUUAUACAUUGGAUGUUACUAUCCGAACGUGAAGAAAUUGUUGCUGAAAAUCGUUGGCAUGCGACGUCUCCGGCAGGUGCGAGACAGUCGAUAGAUAAGAUGCAUCCAAUGCGAGUCCAGCCAUUUCACAGUGUUCAUCAUGUAUUUAUGUAUCCAGAUGCAUAUUGCACUCAGAUCUGCUUGCACCGCUGGCUGCUGCGCUUAAGUUGGUUAAGCGCAAAAAUCGUAAUUAGAUGCUAAUCAUCUCACAGUAGGCGAAGUUCGAUGAAAAAUGUGUGAAAGGCGAAGGCACGUGGAAGGAGUUCGUUUAUUAGCGAUAAUUAGCAAGCUUAAUUUAAUAGUAGUCAAUCACAGUGUUGCCUAAUUUAUUUUUUGUUUUAAAAGGCAUGCCAUUUUUUGCAUUUCUCUGCUUAGUUUGUCUUCGCAAAACGAUGUUUGUUAUUUAUGGUAAAUUGCCUACUUUUAAUACAAUCUAAAAUAUCAUAGAAAAGAAGGAAUCCUAUUCUUGGCACUUUUGAUUCACUUCGGCAAGGGAUUUUUUGAAAGCUACUCAGCCCAUUCUUUGCAGCAAAAAAAAUUGCGACAAUUUAGAAGGAAAAACUGCGAAGCCAAAAUAAAUCAUAGAGAUGCCUAAGUAGUUUUUACCCUUUUGAAAAGCAAGUAUGUAAAUUACCAUCAAAUCAAUGAACAUUUUUUGCUUGUUAAAAAAAUAUGUUGCAUGUAAUAAAAUCUUGCUUUAGAAA